GGAAACAAAGAAGAAAAAGGAAGAAAUUGGAAGAGAGCUCAUAAGAAUUAACAUGUUUUUGGGUUUCUCUCCUGCUUUCACUCACUAUCUAUCUCUCUAUCUCUUUGGGGUAUUUUCUUUUUCUCUUUCUCUUCCUUCCUGCCCAUUAAACAAUGAAAAUGGCAGAUUACCAAUCAUCCUUUCCCCUCUAGAGGAAACACCCAUCAUUGCUCCCAACAAUCCUUUUCAACCUUAGAAACCUGAGCUUCUAAGAUAUCUCUCCGUCCAUUCCUCAUACCCUUCUCUCCUUCCUCUCAAUUUAAAUAUCACACUCUUUACAAUUUUUUUCUCUCCCACCUUUCUCUCACUCAUUCCAAACCAAAUUCCUUUUAUCUCUCUGCAGUUUCUCUCUCAUGAUGGAUCCUUCUUCCACCAACUCUGUCAAUGGCUUCUACUCUUUUCUAACGAGAGGGAUUGAUGAUCUUGAACGUUUCUUUCUCACCAACAACUUCUUGUCAAUCCAAUUCCUCCAGAGAGUCCUCUCACUCCUCCGAUCCUUUCAUACCCAGUUGACCCUUCUUGUUCAAAAACUUCAAUUACCUGUUGGUGAAAAAUGGCUUGAUGAAUACAUGGAUGAGAGCUCCAAGCUUUGGGAAGUCUGUCAUGUCCUCAAGUCUGGCAUAUCCGCCAUGGAAAAUUAUUACUCUGCCGGCUUCAAUAUCACUUCCUCUCUUGAUGGUCAUCGUCAUCUUAGUCCCCAGCUCUCCAGACAGAUCAUCAGGGCAAUUUCAGGGUGUCGAAGAGAAGCAGUUGGAUUGGAGGAAGAGAACAGAGUACUGAUGGAGACAAGAAUUGAACCACUUUCUCUGCGGUUUGAUGAGAAGGUUUCGAUUGAAUCAAAGCUCAAUGGGUUCAAUGGUUUCAGGGGAGUUCUUUAUGCAAUGAGAAAUGUUAGUUCCAAUUUACUCAUGAUCUUGCUAUGUGGGUUGGUAAACUGUUGGCCUGAAUCCAAUUUUCUGAGAAGUGGGUAUGAAGGGUGUUUGUUUUUUGGAUCGGCCUUCAUGAUCUCAACAGCGAGGUUGCAACAAAGAGUGGCAUCUGAGAUUGCCCGGAUCGACGGGCGACCGGGAAUUCUGCUGUAUGAGUUUCGGAGAUCGAAGAUUGCCUUGGAUGAGCUGAGGGGAGAGUUGGAGAGGAGGUGCUCACAGGGGGCGGUUGUGGAGUGGGAAUCAGAGGUUGAAAUGAGAGAGAGUGUGGAGAAUUUGAAGGGUUGUUUUGGGGUGCUGAGAUCUGGGGCUGAGAGUAUCAUUGGCCAGCUUGAUGAUUUCUUUGAUGAAAUUGUUGACGGGAGGAAGAAGCUCUUGGACUUCUGCAGUCACAGGUAGAAAGAUAUUGGGACAUAGUAUAAUGCUUGAAACCCAAAAAAAAAAAAGAGGAGAGAGAAAGAGAGAAAAAUUACAAAGUAGGGCAAGUUGUGGUGGUUUAACUGUUUUUUCUCCCUUUCUUUUUCUGUUUUUUUUUUUCAAUUUCAU